AGUGUGAAAAGCAUCUGCCUGUUCUUAAACUUCUGUAAUGCACCACUGAAUCCCGUGUCCAUGACAGAAAGUGAAAAAUACAAAAUAGUGAUUGAUGGAUUGAUUAUAUGCUAUGAACUCUGGUUUCAAUAUCUGAGAUUCACUGUAUCUCUUCUAGCUCCUCCUCCCACCUCCAAACCUCCAGUGGCAACUGAAUGCUUUACGGUCAACUUCACUGUGACCAAUUUGGUCUAUAGGCCACAGAUGGCUGAUCCCACAUCAAGGACUUUCAGAUCAACACAACUACUCUUACCUGUGAAUAAGGGCAAGAACACCGGAGUAAACAGUGUCUGCUGCUACCGUAGAAAUCCUACAGCUGCCCUUUUUGAUCGAGUGAACAUAUAUCACAAAUUCAGAAAUGAGACCAAUGGUUUCACCAAGAUGAAGAAUUACAACUUGGACCCAAACAGCUUUUUUGUUAAUGAUUAUCAUGAAGAAUUACCUCAGACCACUGUUUCUCCCACUUCCAAACCUUCAGUGGCAACUGAAUGCUUUACACUCAACUUCACUACAAAUAAUUUGAAGCAUAGGACACAGAUGAGUAUUCCCAAGUCAAAGCUCUUCAACUCAACAGAAAGACUCUUCAGUAAAUUG